AUGAAGUUCACUUUGGCCCUCAUUUCUCUCCUCGCUGCUGUUACUAUCGCAGUUCCAGUGAGCCGCAAGCGAGGCGAUACCCUGCCAGUCAUGACUAACGGCAACGGCGAAAUUGUUCCUUUUGACAGCGAAGCGGUUGUUGUGACUUAA